AUGGCUCGUUCAAUCAGCAUCUUGGCCGCUUCCCUAGCUCUCUUGAUCGGAAACAUCCACGGACAGGUGGCAAUGACUUUCAUGUACGGCCAAACAAAUGGACUGACGGGCAAAGGCUUUGGUACCAUGGAUGGUGCUCCACGCGACAUAUCUACGAUCACCAAGAACCCAAUUACUCGUGACGCAAAUCUUUUCGAUGAUGCCAUGUCGAAAAUGUCACCCAAAGAUUUGCAAGCUCUUACAUCCCCACCUGCCAAAGGCAAAAGACGCUCUCUUCUCCAGCUCCGCAGAUAA